AUGGUCACGCUAAGGAAACGGAAGUUGUUGUACGUUGUCACAACGCUAGCAAUUACGGUGAUCUUGCUAUUGCAAUUGACGAUUGUCAACCACAGGCAACUAAUCAAUGAAGAUUGGUCUUUCAAGUCGUUGAGCGACAAAUUUGAUUUUUCGUAUCUACCGAAUUUAAGUGAAAACUUGAAGGCUUCGUAUAACUUGCUCAAUUUGCAGUCCAACCCCAGAUUGGAAAAAGGGUACAUAUUGGAGCCCAAUAACGUGCGCUUUGAAUUUGUCAACAAUGUCGAGAGGAAAGGCAACCCCACGGAAGUGGUUAGCGAAAUCACCAAAAAGUAUCAGGGGAUGAUGAAAGAGGAGGUCUUGAUGCCAAAAGACGCGGUGUUGGUGCCACCACCAAGCGAUUUGCUGCUGUAUGAACAUGCCAACGCCACCAUUGUAGCCCUCGUCAGAAAUGCCGAAUUGAGCAAAAUCGGGCAGAGCAUUAAGCGAUUCCACAAGUCCUUUAACCUGAAGUUCAAUUACACAUACACAUUCAUCAACGAUCAGCCGUUUACCGAAAAGUUCAAGACGAGGAUUAGAAAGUACACUGAAACUGCUCCAGUUGAAUUUGUCACUGUGGAUCCGCAGAUUUGGGACAAGCCGUCCUUUAUCGAUGCUGAAAAGGAAGCUAGGGAGAUGGAGAUUAUGCACAAGCACGACAUUGCCUAUGCCAAGCAAGGGUCUUACCACAACAUGUGUCGUUUUUACCUGGGUCAAUUCUAUAAUUUGCCCGAGUUGCAAAAAUAUAAAUACUACUGGAGGAUUGAGCCGCAGGUGCAAUUUUAUACCGAUGUGCAAUACGACAUUUUCAAAUAUAUGGAGGCUACCGAAAAAGUUUACGGAUUCACAAUCAGCUUAUACGAUAUUGAAGAAACUGUCAAGUCACUUUGGCCCGAGACUUUAAAGUACUUGAACAAGGGCGACAACUAUAAAUAUGUCAAUGAAAAUGGCAGUUUCCAGUGGUUGAUUGAAAACUUGCAGAAUCCGGGCAAGAAUAAAGUCGCGGGAGGAUACUCAACGUGUCAUUUCUGGUCCAAUUUCGAGAUUGGAGAUAUGGACUUUUUCCGCGGAGAAGCUUACAACAACUGGUUCAAAUACCUUGACUCCACUGGAGGCUUCUACUAUGAGAGAUGGGGCGACGCACCGGUGCAUUCCAUUGGGGUCAGUCUAUUUGCAGAUAAAUCAAAGAUCCACUGGUUCAGAGAUUUAGGAUAUAACCACGAUCCAUAUUACAAUUGUGCGAGGACGCCGUUCACACGAAGCUGUAAUGUUGGUAAAUUCACCCGAUGGGAGCACUUGAAUGACCAAAACUGUUUGAUGAAUUGGUUAGAAUAUGAUGAGAUUAAAGAUGUCUAUUGA